UGGAUGUUGCUGUUCAGUCUGUGUCCUGUGUCUGCUCUCCUCUCCUCCCUCCUCUCCUCUUUCUGUGUCUACUCCUUCUGCAGAACAACAGCUGCAGCUGAGACUCAGGUUCCUCUGAACAGGACGACCACCAGGGGAAGUGACAGCAGAGAGAAGGAGGAAGGAGAUCUGUGUUAUGCCUCGUUGGAUAUCCGUCAGGGACAGAGGAGACCAAAGAAGAAGAAGAGAGUCCAGAACUCUGACUUCAGUACUUACACAGCCAUCAAUACCAGCAGAGUGAGAUCUAUACCAGCCAUCAAUACCAGCAGAGUGUGAGACCUAUACC